AUGCUCUACACCUCUCUCCGCCUCUUGGGUACCGUGGCCUUGGCCACGGCCGCUCCCAGCGUCAUCAAGAAGGACGUUGUCAUCGUCGGCGGCGGCGCAUCAGGCGCCUACGCUGCCGUGCGUCUCAGGGAGGACUAUGGCAAGAGCAUUGCCCUCAUCGAGAAGCAGGAUAUUAUCGGUGGCAUGGUCGACUCCUUCACGGACGCCUCGACCGGUCAGUCUUUCGACUACGGAGUCGUGUCCUUCAUCGACUCCGGCAACGCCACGGGCUUCUUUGAGCGUCUGGGCAUCGAGCUGGGCACGACCACGUCGGCGACGGUGACGACGCAGUACUACGACUUCACGACCGGCAGGGCCGUCAACUACACGCCGCCGGCGUUUGCGGACCAGCUGGCCGGGCUGGCCAGCUUCCUCCCCGCGGCGGAGAAGUACGAGCCCCUGAUCCAGGGUCCGGGAUACUUUGACUUCCCCACCGACGCGGCCGACAUCCCCGAGGACCUCCUCCUCCCCUUCGUCGACUUCGUCACCAAGUACGGCGCCGAAGAGGCCCUCCCGUUCAUAUACCAGACCACCGGCCUGGGCAUGGGCAACGUGUCGGCCGCCCAGACCAUCUGGGCCCUCCAGGCCUUCGGCGCCUCCAUGGCCCGCUCCGUCCUCGGCAUCCAGGGCUCCCUCGCCCCGGCCUCCGGCCGUAACCAGGACAUCUACGACGCCGUCGCCGACCUCCUGGCCGACGACGUCUACACCUCCACCACCGUCACCUCCACCCGGCACCUGACCGGCGACGCCGGCGCCGGCGUCGAGCUGACCGUCCGCAACGCCGAGACCGGCGAGACCUCCACCAUCCAGGCCGGCAAGCUGCUCCUGGCCAUCGAGCCCACCGCCGAGAACAUCGAGCCCUUCGCCGUCGACCCCGCCUCCGCCGCCGUCCUCGCCAAGUUCACCUACGCCCGCGAGUACACCGGCAUCAUCGACAACGCCGACCUCGUCGCCAACAAGAGCUACUUCAACAUGCCCGCCUCCGCCGCCCCCGCCAACCACGCAGACUUCCCCCAGGGCUCCUACACCGCCCGCGUCGACUACAUCGGCUCCGGAACCGACAGGAACUACUUCCGCGUCACCAUCAUCGGCGACGACGACCUCGACAGCGCCGACGACGCAAAGGCCAUGUUCCAGGCCGAGUACUCCAACCUCGUCGCCGCCGGCGCCAUCGACGGCGCCGCCGACGAGCAGGUCUCCUGGGUCGACUUCUCCGUCCACGGCCCCAUGCAUGCCCACGUCUCCGAGGCUGACCUCAAGGCCGGCUUCCUCGCUGACCUGUACGCCCUUCAGGGCAAGAACGACACCUGGUGGACCGGAGGUGCUUGGGCCGUCAACUUCCAGACUCACCUCUGGGAGUUUGAUGACAUCAUCCUCCCCAAGCUCGUCGCCAGCCUGUAA